AAUAGAAAAGAAAAGAGGGACAGCUAUGGUUGUGGUCCCCAGCAGAAAAUGUUUGUUCUCCCGCCCUCCCGCUUCUUGAAUCCUAGGAGGCCUCAUCUCUUACUCUUAUCAACAAAACCCCUCUUACUCCCAUGCAUACUUAGGACAAACAAACACUGAUGUAGUCUCUGGACAUGGACACGCCAGAGAGGAACCAGAUCACCUCUACUCUCUCUAAGUUUGAGGAUUCACCUGUUUUCAACUAUAUCAAUAGUUUAUCUCCUAUAAAGCCCGUUAAGUCUGUUCCCAUCAGUCAGACUUUCAAUUCACUGAGCUUUUCGUCCCCUCCAUCGGUUUUCACAUCACCCCAUGUCAGCUGUCUCAAGGAAUCUAGAUUCCUCCGGAGACAUAACCCGUUGGGCACAUCAAAGCCUAAGGUUCCUUCUGAAGAUGUAAUUAAAGUUCACUCAAGUGAAGAGACUCUUGCAGAUUCUACACGUGCACACCAUAACUCAAGUAAAUUAGAGGAGGAAAACACUGGUAAAGGGAUUUCAGUAAGAGAUGCUUCAAUCGAGCUAUCUAGGGAGCACAUAAAAUUUUCAGAUGAGCUACCGCAAGCGUUAAAAUAUAAUUGUGGUAGCCCUGGCUUUGAUCCUCCACCUUGUGGUGAUGAGGCUAACUCUCUUUUGGAAUUGCCUGGUGAGGCAGCAACAGAUGUUGGCUAUGUUCAGGAAGGCUGUAAAACUGACUCGGUAGAGGUUGAAGUGCGUCUUCAGGAAGUAUGUCAGAUGGAGCCAAAGAGUGAAGGUCCAGACUGUUAUUGGGAUAGUUUAAUUCCUGAUGCCCUGGAUAUGCUAAUUUUUAAUUCCCCAGGUGAUGCAGAAGCUUUUAAGGGUCUAAUGCACAAACCCUUGGCCUCUUCUAUUCGACUCAAUGAAUUUAUGUCUAUGCUACCACAUUCUACCAUCAAUAAUGGUAGGAAAAUGCACAUUGUUGAUUCAGAUGCUUCUGGUUCUGCACCUGAAAUUGAAGAUCAUUGUUCUGAGCUGAUGACAGCCACAGGCACGAACCAAACACAAGAUAAUUUUGCCAAUGUUGCUUUAGUGACUAGCAAUUCAAAUGAGAAAGCAAACGACCAGCUUGUUUCUGCCACUCACCGUACCAUACGGAGGCGCUGUCUAGACUUUGAGAUGGCCAAUGUGCAAAGGAAGAACUCUGAUGAGAAUUCAAACACUGGUUCUAGUACAUCUGAGUCUGAUGAGAGGAAUGUUGCUAAUGAAAAGCAAUUGCUUCCUGCAAAACGCAAUGGGGAUUUACAGAGGGGAAUUUUGCAAGGAAUUGGUCUACACUUGAAUGCACUUGCUGCCUUAAAAGAAUACAAGGGCAUACAAAUUGAAAAAUUGUCUUCUGGAAGACAACUCAGUCUGCCCAGCUCUACUUCUUUGCAAAUCUCUACAAGCCAAGAACAUCAGAAUCUAUCAUUGGUACCUGUGUCAUCUGAAAGAGAAUUGGAUCCAUCAGACAAUGGGGUUCAGCCUGCUGAAGAUUGUUCCCAGCCAUCAGCUUACAUGGCUGGUGAAGACUUCAAUCAGAACAGCCCCAAAAAGAAAAGGCGUAAGUCGGAGACACCAGGAGAAACCGAGGGCUGUAAACGCUGCAAUUGCAAGAAAUCAAAGUGUUUGAAGCUUUAUUGCGAGUGCUUUGCUGCUGGUGUCUACUGCAUAGAACCCUGCUCCUGUCAGGAUUGCUUCAACAAACCUAUUCAUGAAGACACUGUUCUUCAAACUCGCAAGCAGAUUGAAUCUCGUAACCCUCUUGCAUUUGCUCCUAAAGUCAUCAGAAAUUCUGAUUCUGUACCUGAAAUUGGGGAUGACCCAAAUAAAACACCAGCUUCAGCACGACACAAGAGAGGAUGCAACUGCAAAAAAUCAAGCUGCCUAAAGAAAUAUUGUGAAUGUUAUCAGGGGGGUGUUGGUUGCUCCAUUAGCUGUAGAUGUGAAGGGUGCAAGAAUGCUUUCGGUAGAAAGGAUGGUUCUGCUUCUGUAGGCAUAGAAACUGAUCCAGAAGAAACAGAAGCCACUGACAAGGGUGUGACAGAAAAAGCUUUACAGAAAACUGAAAUUCAGAAUACUGAAGAUCAUCCCGAUUCUGCUACUGUGGCAACACCAUUACGGCUUUCCAGACCAUUGCUUCCAUUGCCUUUUUCAUCAAAGGGAAAGCCACCAAGAUCUUUUGUUACAACCAUCUCUGGCUCUGCAUUGUUUGCCAGCCAAAAGCUUGGGAAACCAAACCCUCUUUGGUCUCAAGCUAAGCAUUUUCAAACUGUUCCAGAUGAAGAAAUACCGGAUAUUCUGCAAGGUGAUAGCUCUCCUAUCACUUGCAUCAAAACCUCUUCUCCAAAUGGCAAGAGGAUCUCCUCACCUAACUGUGACUUGGGAUCAUCUCCUAGUCGCAGAGGUGGCAGGAGGUUGAUAUUACAAUCCAUUCCUUCAUUUCCUUCUCUCACCCCUCACCCUUAGAAAUGGGGAAAAUUUUCAUUGUAAGUUAGCCCCCCCUCCCUUUUUAAUCCCAUGUUUUUAGUUUGUUGCUUUAGGUUUAUGUAUAUUCGGUUCAGUUUUACUUUGGCAAUAAUGUGUUGCAUUACUAUUUAAGUAAUAGUUAUAAUCAUUCCCGGGAUUAAUCUUUACGUUUUUCUGUUAUGAUUUUGGACAUUUCUUUAUGAAUAAGUUGCUAAUGGUACUCGUUGGAGGAAUUAUCUUAA